UGGCAACUCUGAACAAUAUUUUUAUACCUGAUUAAAAAAAGAAAUGUUUGUUUAUCUUGUUCGGCAAUCAGAAUUUACCUUUAUCAUAGUAAACAAAAUUGUUUGAGACAUAUUACUUCUUUAUGCUUUGUAAAUUUUCCAAACAUUUGAUACGCACCCCCGCUACGGCCACACUACUCCAUCGUUUUGGCGCAUUUUGUGCUUGUGUUUGUGGUACAAUCGCAAAAAUCUUGAAAUUCGCAAUGUCUACUCUGGAGCUGUGCGAAAAAUUCUUUGGCACCCGCGAUGUUUACAAAUUGAUGAGCCUGGAGAAGGCCGCCAGCGAGAAAGAGGUUAAGAAGGCGUACCACAAGCUGUCGCUUCUUGUUCAUCCCGAUCGGGUGCCCGAGGAACAAAAGGCGGAAGCGACCGAGAAGUUCAAGGUUCUCUCAAAAUUGUACCAAGUGCUGACUGAUACACAGAAGCGGGCUCUCUACGACGAGCAGGGCAUUAUCGACGACGACGACGAUGGAGAUUCUAAGCUCUCCUCCUGGCUGGAGUUGUGGAGCAAGAUAUUUAAGCCCAUUACCGAGGAGGAAAUCAACACCUACGAGAAGGAGUACAUUGGCUCCGAGCUAGAAUGCACCGACAUCAAGAAGGCCUAUCUGGGAGGCAAGGGCUGCAUCAACUACCUCAUGAACCAUGUGCCGUUCAUGAAGGUGGAGGAUGAGCCGCGAAUUCAAAAGAUUGUCGAAGGCUGGAUUGCUGCCGGCGAGGUGCCAGAAUACAAAAUCUUUACCGAGGAGCCGGCCGCCAAGCGCAAGAAGCGCCAUCAGAAGUAUGCCCGUGAGUCCAAGGAGGCCAAGGUCAUCAAGGAACGCAUUGACCGGAAGCAGAAGGAAAAGGACGAGCAGGACAUGGAAGCUAACGGUGGGGAUCUGCAACAGAUGAUCCUGGCGCGUCGCAAUCAGCGCGAGUCCAAUUUCAGCUCCAUGAUGGAUCGCCUCAUGGAGAAGUACGGCGGAGAGGACGACGAUGAUAUAGUGGACUUCAGCGCCUUUGAGAAGAAGUCUAAAAAGAAGUCGGCCAAGAAACCCGCCCAGCAGUCACCGGCAAAAAAGUUACGCGGGAUCAAGAAUGGCCGGGUAAAAAAGUGAAGAACUAGCCACCGAUCAACUCAAUUAAAAUAGUGCUGUCGUUUUUUCCUACUUUAGUAUUAGUCGUAGCCGCCCAUAUGUAUUUAUCCAUUUACGUAUCCGUGUUGUAUAAGUCAUACUCUCUUUACAAAAUAGAAAAAAGUGGUCAACCAAAAA